AUGCGAAAACAAACGGACGAAACGCUAGAACCAACGCAGAUCAUGCAUGAAACGUUACAAAUGAUGUUGGAAUUGAUGGAAAAGUUGGGAUUCAAACCGCAAGAUAUCCAUCAAGAUCAAGGGAUGAAGAUGGACCAAGCAGAGGCCCCUGCCCUCCGCGAUGAGAGAAUAGCCAACCUAUAUAAGGGCUAUCACGACAUGGUUGAGCACAAGAAUAGGCUAGAGAGAGCCCUUGCUUUGUUGGAGAGACAGGAUGCUGAAUCGCUGAAGCAACCGGAUCGACGGAAGACAGCACGUACUCGCAAACCGCCCCGAAGAAAGGGAAAUAAAUGGACAAGACCAAAGCGGCAUUAG